AUAGGUGAACAAUUUGCUGUGACGCUGCCAUUUGGAUUUGGAUUUGGACCCUUGUGUCUCCUUGGAAUGUAAUCCUCAAACAUAACAAAAGCAAAGAAUAACGCAAGUGCUAUUGGGCGGACGGUUGAGCACAAAACGCAAACAAAAUAAAAAGUGCAAAUUAUUAUAUGUGCGUGCGUGUGCGUGCGCGGCGGAGACAACAAUCGAUGUGCCACACACAUUGCAUGUUUACAAACACAACGACAAAUACUCGGGUUCGCCAAAAAAAAAACUAAAAGAAUUGCAGCGAAAAAGACAAGCAAAAAAAUACAUGCAAUACAAAAUUGCAAGCAACACGCAGCAAGCAGAGAGCAAACAGCAAACAGUCAAAACGAGACACACAAAGUGUAAAUAAUAGUGCAAAGUAAGCGCAAGCAAAACUCCCUGUUUUUUUUUUUGUUGGUGGCCAGUGGCGCCCUCUAGCGAGGAGGCUCUUGGUUGGCUGGUAAGCAGAAGCCGAAGCAGAGGCUGAAGAAGUUAAGCUGCCUCAGUCUCGCUGCCUCUGCCGCUGCCGCAGCCACUGCCUGGCCGUAUGUGGCGUUGGCGGCCCUUCUUGGCCAGGUGUCGCUCAGGCGUGCUCAGUGAAUCCUCAAGUGGUUUCGUGACCUCAUCGACUGCUGUCAACAACAAGAACAACAACAGGAACAACAACAACAACAAUAAUAAUAAUAAUAAUAUCAAGUGUGUGGCGCCUCAUCAACCUAUCAAUUAGCUUGCAUUACACUCGUCUCUUGCUCACGCUCACGCAGGCGGAAGACAACAGCUGCCACAGUUUAGGCUACGCCGCAGCAGCAGCGCUGCCAGCAGCCAUAAGUUGCAUGCCACAGGAGUCGAGGCGACAGCAGCACAGGAGUCGUAAAGCAUAGUCAAUAUGGAUGGGGAGCGGCGACGUCGAGCGACGACGCUGGAGCGCGAGAUGCGCGAUCCGACGAGCAUCUGCAACGUGGACUGCCUGCUGGACACGGUGUCGGCGCUGGUCAGCGAUUGCGAUCACGAUUCGCUGAAGCGUCUCAAGAACAUUGAGCAGUAUGCCUACAAAUAUAAACCGCUGGCGCAGCGCAUUAAUCAGCUGCGCAUGAAUGUGGAUGACUUUGAUUUCAUCAAACUGAUCGGAGCGGGCGCCUUUGGCGAAGUGCAGCUGGUGCGUCACAAAUCCUCACGUCACGUCUACGCGAUGAAACGUCUCUCGAAAUUCGAGAUGAUGAAGCGACCCGAUUCCGCCUUCUUCUGGGAGGAACGUCACAUCAUGGCGCACGCCAACUCCGAGUGGAUUGUCCAGCUGCACUUUGCCUUCCAGGACAGCAAAUAUCUGUACAUGGUGAUGGACUUUAUGCCCGGCGGCGACAUCGUAUCGCUGAUGGGCGACUACGAGAUACCGGAGAAGUGGGCCAUCUUCUAUACGAUGGAAGUGGUGCUCGCCUUGGACACCAUACACAACAUGGGCUUCGUGCAUCGCGACGUCAAGCCGGAUAACAUGCUGUUGGACAGCUAUGGCCAUCUGAAGCUAGCCGAUUUCGGCACCUGUAUGCGCAUGGGCGCCAACGGUCAGGUGGUGUCCAGCAAUGCGGUCGGCACUCCCGACUACAUCAGUCCCGAAGUGCUCCAAUCCCAGGGCGUUGACAACGAGUACGGCAGGGAGUGCGAUUGGUGGUCAGUGGGCAUAUUCCUCUACGAGAUGCUGGUGGGCGAGACGCCCUUCUAUGCGGACUCGCUGGUGGGCACGUACGGCAAGAUCAUGGAUCACAAGAACUCGCUGAGUUUCCCACCGGAGGUGGAGAUCAGCGAGCAGGCGAAAGCGUUGAUACGCGCCUUCCUCACCGAUCGGACACAGCGUCUGGGUCGCUAUGGCAUCGAGGACAUCAAGGCGCAUCCGUUCUUUCGCAACGACACCUGGUCCUUUGACAACAUACGCGAGAGUGUCCCGCCCGUGGUCCCCGAGCUGACGUCCGACGAUGAUACGCGCAAUUUCGAGGACAUCGAACGCGAUGAGAAACCCGAAGAGAUGUUUCCCGUGCCCAAGAGUUUCGAUGGCAAUCAUUUGCCCUUCAUCGGGUUCACCUACACGGGCGACUAUCAGCUGCUCUCCAGCGACACCGUCGACGCCGAGUCCAAGGAGGCGCAGUCGGUGAACAGCAGCAGCAACAGCAGCGGCAACGCGGCGAACAACAAUCACGGCCACAAUCACAGUCGCCAUCGACCCUCGAAUUCCAAUGAGCUGAAGCGUCUCGAGGCGCUCCUGGAGCGGGAACGCGCUCGGGCCGAGCAGCUGGAGCAGCAGGACACGAGUCUGCGGCAACAGAUGGAGCUGAGUACGAAACGCGAGGCGGAACUUCAGCGCAUCGCCACCGAAUACGAGAAGGAUUUGGCUUUGAGACAGCACAACUACAAAGUCGCCAUGCAGAAGGUCGAGGUGGAGAUUGAGCUGCGCAAGAAGGCCGAAGCACAGAUGGUGGAGACACAGCGGAAGCUGGAGAACGAACAGAAGACGCGCACACGCGAUCUGAACAUCAACGAGAAGGUGCUGACGCUGGAGAAGCAAUUGCAUGACAUGGAGCUCAGUUUCAAGAGCGAAACGGAGCACACACAGAAGCUGAAGAAGCAGAAUGCGGAGCUUGGGUUCACGCUGAAGACGCACGAGGAGAAGGUGCGUGACAUGUGCGAGAUGAUCGAUACGCUGCAGAAGCACAAGGAGGAACUCGGCCAGGAGAAUGCCGAACUCCAGGCGCAAAUGGUGCAGGAGAAGAAUCUCCGUUCGCAGCUCAAGGAGCUGCACAAGGAGGCCGAGAACAAAAUGCAAACGCUGGCCAACGAUCACGAGCGCACGUUGUCCCGCGAACAGAAGGCGCAGGAGGACAAUCGGGCGCUGCUCGAGAAGAUCAGCGAACUGGAGAAGACGCACGCGAGUCUCGACUUUGAGCUGAAGGCCGCCCAGGGUCGCUAUCAGCAGGAGGUGAAGGCGCAUCAGGAGACGGAGAAGUCGCGUCUGGUGUCCCGCGAGGAGGCCAAUCUCCAGGAGGUGAAGGCCCUGCAAUCGAAGCUCAACGAGGAGAAGUCGGCGCGCAUCAAAGCGGAUCAGAACUCGCAGGAGAAGGAGCGACAGCUGAGCAUGCUGUCGGUGGACUAUCGCCAAAUACAGCUGCGUCUGCAGAAGCUCGAGGGCGAGUGCCGUCAGGAGUCGGAGAAGGUGGCGGCUCUGCAAUCGCAGCUGGAUCAGGAGCACAGCAAACGCAACGCGUUGCUCUCCGAACUGAGUCUGUACAGCUCGGAGGUGGCGCAUUUACGCUCCCGGGAGAAUCAACUGCAAAAGGAGCUCGCUGCCCAGCGGGAGGCGAAGCGACGCUUCGAGGAGGAUCUGGCACAGCUGAAGAGCACGCAUCACGAGGCGUUGGCCAACAAUCGGGAGCUGCAGGCGCAACUCGAGGCGGAGCAAUGCUUCUCGCGCCUUUACAAGACGCAGGCGAACGAGAAUCGCGAGGAGAGCGCCGAGCGUCUGGCCAAGAUCGAGGAUCUAGAGGAGGAGCGCGUCUCGCUCAAGCAUCAAGUGCAAGUGGCGGUCGCAAGAGCCGACUCGGAGGCCCUGGCACGCUCCAUUGCCGAGGAGACGGUCGCGGAUCUGGAGAAGGAGAAGACGAUCAAGGAACUGGAGCUCAAGGACUUUAUCAUGAAGCAUCGCAACGAGAUCAACGUGAAGGAGGCGACACUCGCCACACUCAAGGAGGCCGAAUCGGAGUUGCACAAGAAGCUCACGCUCAAGGCCAACGAAUGCGACGAGCUGCAGCAGCAGCACAAGAAACAGCUCGACGAGCUGCAGCAACAGCGUGCCGCCAAGGACGAGGAGAUCGCCAAGCUGGGCGAGAAGUGCAAGAACGAGGUGCUACUCAAGCAGACCGCCGUCAACAAGCUGGCCGAGGUGAUGAAUCGUCGCGACUCGGACUGGCAAAAACAAAAGAGCAAGGCCCGCUCCACGGCCGAGUUACGCAAGAAGGAGAAGGAGAUGCGCCGAUUGCAGCAGGAGUUGUCGCAGGAGCGCGACAAGUACAAUCAGCUGUUGCUCAAGCAUCAGGAUCUGCAGCAGCAGGCCGUCGAGGAUCAGCAGCUCAAGCAGAAGAUGUUCAUGGAGAUCGAUUGCAAAGCCACCGAGAUCGAGCAUCUGCAGAGCAAACUCAACGAGACCGCCUCCCUCUCGUCUGCCGACAACGAUCCCGAGGAUAGUCAGCACUCCUCUCUGCUCUCACUCACACAGGACUCGGUCUUCGAGGGCUGGUUGAGCGUGCCCAAUAAGCAGAAUCGAAGACGCGGCCAGAGCUGGAAGCGCCAAUAUGUGAUUGUCUCGUCGCGCAAAAUCAUCUUCUACAAUUCGGAAUUCGACAAGCACAAUACAACAGAUGCUGUGCUCAUACUCGAUCUUAGCAAAGUGUAUCACGUGCGCAGUGUAACCCAAGGCGAUGUGAUUCGCGCCGAUGCCAAAGAGAUUCCGCGCAUCUUCCAAUUGCUGUACGCCGGCGAGGGCGCCUCGCAUCGUCCCGACGAGCAGCUGGACUCGACGCUGCUUGGCAGCGGCAACGAGGAGCGUCCCGGCACCAUAAUACACAAAGGUCAUGAGUUUGUCCAGAUCACAUACCAUAUGCCAACGGCCUGUGAGGUGUGCACCAAGCAGCUGUGGCACGUGUUUAAGCCGCCGGCGGCAUACGAAUGCAAGAGAUGCCGCAACAAGAUCCACAAGGAGCACGUGGACAAGCACGAUCCGUUGGCGCCGUGCAAGCUCAAUCAUGAUCCGCGCAGUGCACGCGAUAUGCUGCUGUUGGCUGCCACGCCCGAGGAGCAAUCGCUGUGGGUGGCGCGACUGCUCAAGCGUAUCCAGAAGAGUGGAUACAAGCCCAACUCGUCGAACAACAACAGCACCGAUGGCAGCAAAAUCUCCCCCAGCCAAUCGACGCGUUCCGCCUACAAACCCUACGCGGCGAUUGUCCAACGCUCCGCCACGCUGCCGGCGAACUCUUCGCUCAAGCAAUGAACAGCAGCGAGUUCUCCUCCAACGAGUUGAGAAGUGAAGUGAAGUGAAGAUGAUGAUGAGAAGAUGAAGAGUUUGGUUGAAAGGGUGCGCAAAAGAAGAUGAAGAUGGAGAAGAAGAUGAAGCGGAAGCGAAAGCUGUUGGAGCUGAAAUUGGGAGAUUGUAUCUAAUGUUUAUACUUACUACUUACCGAGUAUCGAGUCGAAAGAGAGAGAGUGAGAGAGAGUAUCAACUACUAAAAUGAUUAUGAUUACUUAAUUUUUAACAUGCAUACAACAACUACUACUACCAUCUAUCAAUCAAUCAAUCAAUCGAUCGAUCUACCUAUACUAUAUCUAUCCUAUAUACUAUAUACACAUCUAUAUAUACAUAUAUAUAUUUUUUGAUUAAUUUACACAUAUGAGAAAGAGAGAGAGAGAGCAAUGUCAACUCGUUGGACGCUUUAUUAACCCAAUCAAUCAAUCAAUCACUCAAUCAAUCAGUCAGUCAGUCAACUAAUUGCUUAAAUGGCAACGUCAAAUGGCAACACUUCCACAACAAUGCCUCGAAAAGAAGAAUUGAAAAUGAAAAAAGAAAAGAGAAAAGAAAGAAAUAAGAUAACCGAGUUCUCUAUUAUAUAAUGCAUAGGUUCGUAAUGUAGUAAUCUAAUUGUACUUAUUGUAUACCCCCUAAUACACUAUAUCAUAUAUACCAUAUAUAACAAAAAACAUACUUAGAGCUCUGCCUAUCCAAUGUAUAUGUAAAGAACGGUAAACAAUUGCAGAUUUACAGUUAGAGAUACACUUACUUAGGUAUUAACGAAUUGUAUUGCAUUUUGAUUUGUGUUUGGGUCCCCAACAAACAUCGUCAACAACAACAACAACAAGGUGAAGAAGAAAAACGCAGAUGUAUAACGAGUAAUAUAUUUUUUUUUGACUAGCUCUUAAGCAAACCCAAAGGCAAACACGCAAAGCAUUCAAAGUAACGAGUAACAAUGUAACGAAUAAAAUGUAACGAGUAACGAAUGACGCAUUGCGAAAAAAAAAACAACGUCACGUCAAGUUAACGAAUCGAAAUAACGCGCUGUAAUUAUGUAAAUCUAUAAGAAUCGAUCGCAUAUAGAUAUAUAUAUAUUUCCAUAUCUAUCAUACUGUAUACAUAUAUAUGAUGCGUGAUGCGUAUGUAUUGUAGUUUGUGCCUUGCAUUUUGCAUUAGUGUUGUAGCGAAUAUCAUCGGCCAAAUUAUUUGUUGUUCUUAUGAUGUAAGAAGAUAAAGAAGAUGAAGAUGAAGGGGAAGGGGGGCAUCUCCACUAUAUACUACUACAUAGUACAGAUUUAGAUGCCUUGUAAUACACCCUGUAAUAAUAUCAUAGAUAAGUGAACCUAAGUCCAAGUCCAAGUCGCAUGGCAGCUAAAAAAUAAGUAACGAAAACGAAACCUUCUCAAUUUCAAAAUAUUCCAUUUGAAGAACUUACAUUUCAAGCAUAUUCUAGGCUAACAUAUCCACAUAGUGUGAUCGGUCAGUCUUCAGUCUUCCCUUUCCCCAAUAUAUAUAUCUAGAAUUCCUCCUGAUUUGCUGGUGAACUCUUUUUGUUGAUAUUUAAAGUUUUAUUUUGUGAGAGAAUCGCUAUGCUAGAAGCGAAGAUUGUAGCCUGAUCUUUCAACAGAAAUUAUAACAAAAGUAUAGUCCACAUAUCACAGCAGUUACUUAAGCGAGUAAGCAAGAAGCAAAGCUGUCAGAGUGAGUGAGAGUGAGAGAGAGAGCAAGUCAGGGAGUUAUGAACAGAGAGAAUAAAGAAGAUGAAGACGAUAAAAA